CGCCUACACUGAUCCGUUUUCAUUUGUUACAUUUUGCCUUCUUGUCAUUGUGACUAUUUGUUAUCUCCGACAAUUACUUUGAUUUCACCUAAGUUUAAACUGAACAUAGAGUUGAAUUUGUUCAACAAACAUUUUGUAUUCGAUAUGCUGCUCUGUGAGGGGUGUACGACUGUUGGAACUAUUUCGCCAGGUAAUGGCGGAUUGACACGGUGACAACAGCCGGCCUCGUAGUGCUGAGGUCACAGGUGUGACAAUCUAGCGACACAUCAAAUACCGACAUUAUCUUCUAUCUUUGGACCCUAAAAAGACGACGCCAUUAUAACAGUAAAUUCUGAUUGCAACCCACUAGCCAGCAGUCAUGGACGGGGGAAAGAGGGUGUGGGCCCCCCACCCCAUUGAUGGCUUCAAAUUGGGUCGUAUUGUGGAUAUUGGCUCUGACAUAAUUACCAUUGAACCAUUUGAUGCUCCAGGCACAACUAUCAACUCUCUGUAUGACCGAACAUUCCCAGCUGAGGAAUAUGAUAACAAGGAUACUGAGGACAAUUGUGCUCUCAUGUACCUGAAUGAAGCCACAUUGCUCCACAACAUUAAAAUUCGUUACAUGAAGAAUCAGAUUUAUACUUACACUGCUAAUAUCCUGAUAGCCAUCAACCCCUAUUAUGAAGUUCCAGACCUGUACACAGUGGCUACCAUAAAAAAAUAUCAGGGAAAAUCUUUGGGCACAUUGCCUCCUCAUGUCUAUGCCAUUGCUGACAAGGCUUAUCGUGACAUGAAGGUGACCAAAUAUAGCCAGUCCAUUAUUGUGAGUGGAGAGUCAGGUGCAGGGAAAACUGAGUCCACUAAACAUAUCCUCAAAUAUUUAACAGAAAGUUGGGGGACACAUGCUGGGCCGAUUGAGCAGAGGAUCUUAGAAUCCAACCCUCUGCUGGAAGCUUUUGGUAAUGCCAAGACUGUGAGGAACAACAACAGCAGCCGCUUUGGCAAGUUUGUGGAGAUACACUUCGACAACAAGAAUUCUGUUUGUGGAGGAUUUAUCUCCCAUUAUUUGCUGGAGAAGAGCCGUAUUUGUACCCAGUCCUCAGAGGAAAGGAACUACCAUAUCUUCUAUCGAUUGUGUGCCGGGGCACCUGAUGACCUUCGCCAGAAACUGAAACUUGGAGCGCCAGACCAAUUUCAGUACCUGAAAAAAGGCAACACGCAGUACUUCUGUAACAGGCAGUCAGAGAAGAACCUUGCUGACAACAGAAAGAGCCAACUAUACUUAAAGCAGGGAAGUCUACGUGACCCAGUUUUGGACGACGUCCAGGAUUUUGGUGUUUGUGAUGCGGCUAUGAAACACUUAGGAUUUAGUGAUGCUGAUAGGCUGGGCAUCUAUGGUUUAGUAGCUGGUAUUUUGCACCUUGGAAACAUAGCUUUUGAAGACAAUGCUGAUGAUGCCAAAGGUGGAUGUAAAGUUGCCAAGGGGGCUGAAGACUCCCUCCAAAUGGCUGCUUCAUUAUUGUGUGUUGACAAAGAUGAGCUGAGGGACUCUCUGAUCAGCAGAGUGAUGCAGGCUACAAGGGGAGGCUCUAAAGGAACAGCUAUCAAAGUUCCCUUGAAAAUCUCUGAGGCCACUAGUGCUAGAGAUGCUCUUGCCAAGGCUGUUUACUCCAGAAUGUUUGACUUCAUCGUUGAUAUGGUCAACAAGGCAAUCCCAUUUGGAUCCUCUGUUAGCUACAUCGGUGUGCUGGAUAUAGCUGGAUUUGAAUACUUUCAAGUGAAUAGUUUUGAACAAUUUUGCAUCAACUACUGCAAUGAAAAGCUUCAACAAUUUUUCAAUGACAGGAUUUUGAAGGAGGAGCAACAACUCUAUGACAAAGAAGGUUUGAAUGUGAAGAAGAUUGAAUGGACUGACAACCAGGACUGUAUAGAGCUGAUUGAGGCCAAGAGCUGUGGUAUUUUUGAUCUUCUGGAUGAGGAGAGCAAGUUACCCACCCCCAAGUAUGAUCACUUCACCAGUGAAGUACACAGCCGCAACAAAGAUCACUUCAGGCUGAGUGUUCCAAGAAAAUCUAAAUUAAAGAGUCACAGAGAUGUUCGGGACACUGAAGGAUUUCUGAUCAGGCAUUUUGCUGGUGCUGUUUGUUAUCAUACAACCCAGUUCAUUGAGAAAAACAAUGAUGCCCUCCACUCUUCUCUAGAGUUCCUCAUCCAGGAUGCCAAGAAUCCAUUGUUGAAGAAGUUAUUUGUGGACACUGAAUCCACAGCUGGAAAGCUGAACUUCAUUAGUGUGGGUUCAAAGUUCAGGAAGCAGCUUGGCGUACUGAUGGACAAACUCAAGACCACAGGAACCAAUUUUAUCCGCUGCAUUAAGCCCAAUGCUAAAAUGGUUGACCAUAUGUUUGAAGGCUCCAACAUUCUUAGCCAGCUCCAAUGUGCAGGUAUGGUGUCUGUGCUUGACCUCAUGCAACAAGGCUACCCAUCACGUACACAGUUCUCUGAGCUGUAUAACAUGUACAAGAAGUAUUUGCCUCCAGAAUUGUCUCGGCUAGAUCCUAGAUUGUUUUGUAAGUCUCUGUUCAAAGCUCUUGGGUUGAAUGAUAAAGAUUUCAAGUUUGGUCUGACCAAAGUCUUCUUUCGGCCUGGCAAGUUUGCUGAGUUUGAUCAGAUCAUGAAGAGUGACCCAGAGAAUUUAGCAGAGUUGGUGAAGAAAGUGAAGAAAUGGCUGCUUCAGUCUCGCUGGAAGAAAGCUCAGUGGUGCUCAUUGUCUGUCAUUAAAUUGAAAAACAAGAUUCAUUAUCGUGCUGCCAAGUUUAUUAUGAUUCAGUCUCAUGUCCGCAUGUGGCGAUGUGCACGCAAGUUUAAACCAAAGUAUGAAACAAUCCAAAAAGUGAAAUCUUUCCAGACUCAGCGCACUCUGAUGGAUCAAAUAGUUUCUCAGUUAAAGAAAGACAAAGAACAGGCAGUGAAAGCUAUUAAAGAUCUUGAAAAUAGCCAGGAAGACUUUAUCAAGAAGAUUAGGACUACAGAUAUGAAGAGAGAGGAAAUGUUGAGAAUGACCAACACACUGGCUGCCAACAUGGACACUCUGCUGAAAGACUUGCACAAACGUCUGGAGGAUCAGAAGAGUAAAGAGGAACAAGAAAGAAUUAGAAAAAUUCAGGAACAAAUGGAGUUGGAAAGAAAGAAGAGAGAGGAGGAGGAGAGAAAACGCAUAGAAGAAGAAGAGCAAAGAAAAUUAAAAGCCGAGUUAGAAAGAAAGAGACAGAAAGAAGAGGAAGCUAGAAAGAAACAAGAAGCAGAAGAUAAAAAAGCUGCUGAAGCUUUACAGAAACAAUUGGAUGAACAGUCUAAAGAAAAUGCCAAGAGACAAGCUUUGCUGAACCAGGAACACCGAGACAGAGAACUGGCCCUACGUUUAGCUGCAGAGGAUCAGAAUGCAGUAGAGGACAUCACAUUACCUCCACCACUGCCCAGGGCUGCUUCUGUUGUUCAGGCUAGACAAGCAGCUGCUUUGAAAAAGUUUGAUUUGACUAAAUGGAAGUAUGCUGAACUCAGAGAUGCCAUCAAUACUUCUUGUGAUCUGGAGUUAUUGGAUGCUUGUCGUGAAGAGUUCCACCGUCGUCUGAAAGUCUACCAUGCAUGGAAAACGAAAAAUAAGAAGAGGACAGACAAGGGAGACCAGAGGGCCCCCCACUCAGUGGAAGCUAAUGCUGAAGCUCCUAUUGUUCCUACCAGAGGAGUGUCCAAGGACAAUGCUGCCCAGCGUUUCUUUAGGAUUCCUUUUGCUCGGCCAUCUGAUGAGUAUCGUGAGGAAACAAAACAUGGCAUGUGGUAUGCCCAUUUUGAUGGACAGUGGAUUGCUAGACAGAUGGAGAUUUAUCCAGAGAAAACUCCAAUUCUUUUGUUAGCAGGUGUGGAUGAUUUACAGAUGUGUGAGUUAGCCCUGGAAGAGACUGGCCUGACCCAGAAGAAAGGGGCAGAGAUAUUAGAGAAUGAGUUUGAGGAAGAGUGGAACAAGCAUGGAGGUCAGAAUGUCUUGAAGGCCAACGCCAAGAAAGUGUCCUCAAAGUUCCUACAGAAGAAGCUGGGUAUAACUAAGUAGAGGGUUGAACUGUUAAGUGUUUCAUUGUAUGUGCUUUAACUACACUUAGGUUUUUAUUUGUCACUUUAAGUUUCUGUCCUUUUGUUGUUGUUUUAGAACAAAGAAAAUAAGUAGACAUUGGAAGCAUAUUGCCAACUUAUUUUAUUUUCCUGUUGUUAAAGUGUGUAUUGUGUCCACUGGAUGAUAAAUUAGAUGUUCUCGUAACAUUCAAGUCUCACAAUAAUUAUUCUAGCCACAGUGCAAAACUUAUUUAAAUUCUAACUAUAAUGAAACCACAUUAUUUUACUUUUGUAUAAUUUUAAAGUAUUUUCAUUAAAUACAGUUCCACACUGUAUCAAUCAAUUGAACAGAUGUUAUGUUGCAAACCUAGAAACCAAAUCAUUUGAUGAUCUCAGAAGUUUCUUGUCUUUGUAUUUCAUUUACACGUGUUACUUUUUUACCUAGAUUUUAAUGUACACUAUUUCUGACAUUUUAACAAAUUUGAUAAAAAAAAUAAUUACAUGCUUUAAUUAUAUUUGAUAGCCUUUAAUUAUCACUCUGUUCAAGAGAUUUCUACCUGUUCAUAUAAAGACUGUGAUUCUACAUUUAUAAUUGAACUAGUUUUUACUUGAGAAAACAGUGUGUUCAUGUGAUUUAUUCUUUUUUUUUAUUCUAUAAAACAUUCAUGGCUCUUAAUUAUUUAAUUAUCUUUUUGUAGCAUAAUAGGCUUUAUUACUGACAAGAAGUUUCUUUUCCUUUAUUUACAUUCUUUGGCUGUCAAUGUUUUGUAUCACCUAGACAGUUUGUUUGAUUAAUGCUUGCUAUCUACUUGAACACUUAAUUGUGCACAAUGAAUUCUGGGAAAAUAGCUCAAUACAAAUUACCAAGCCAUUAUUUUAUAUUUAUAUAAGUCUGAUUUUGUCUGUACAGUAAAAAAAAUGAUCAACACAUUUUAUAUGAAUGUGAACUAGACCACAAAUAGAGCAAUGCUGCCAAUGUGUAGGAUUUAUUAAGUUUCUGAUAAGUGGGCUGAUGUCUCUGACAUUAUGUAGGCUAAGAAAAGGAAACAUUUCUCUACUAAUCUUGAAAACUUUUUUAAAAAAUAUAUUUAACCAAGUUUGGUAUAAGACCUACCAGCAAUUAUGUUUCUAGACUGAUGUAUUAGUUAGUCUCUGUAAUUGUGAUUCUAUUGUGUGGCUGUGAGGUGUGACCAACUGUCAUUUGUGAUAGCUAGUACUGACCUAUGUAACCACAUCAAGUUAGAAGAUUUUUUUUUAAGUUGUUUGUAACUGAUGUCAAACAAUAACUGCCAUUUGUGAUAGCUAGGACUGACCUGAUCAAGUUAGAGGAUUUUUUUAAAAAGUUGUUUGUAAUUGAUGUUAAACAAUAACUGUCUUUUAUUAUUUAAAAAUUUUAUUAAAACGUAAUUUGAUAUGAAGAUACAGCAACCAUUUUGUUCAGGCUGGUUUAUGGUUUCUAACUAACUACAUCAACGAAAUAACUUUUAAAAAAUUCUCAUGACCUUCGUUGGGCACAAUAUUAUAAAGAGUUGUCAUAAAUGCAAUUUCUAAACAAAAAUUGUGACCUAAUUAGAUCUUGUAGUUUGACUAUUCUUUGAACUGUUAAAAUCCACUGAUGUGUGUUUUUAUGCUUAUUACAAAUGAUUGUAAAAUUUGUUCCUCUUCUACUUCUGCUUACAUCUUUUGCCUUUGAUACAUUCCAUGCAAGAACUUGAACAACCAAACAUGGUGCCUUCUGAGGACAGUAGGGAUAAUAGUCUCUGUUCUAAGGUCACACAGUGCUGAUGAUAGAAACAUGUGUAGUGUUUCUAAGUGUUCUCAGCUCUAUUAUCACUUGUUAUAAAUGCUUUGUUAGUCAUUGUACCACAUAGCACUGUGUUAUUUUAGUGUUGUUGAAACCACUGAUAAAAGAAAAACUGGACCCUUGGGCUACAUUUGACUAUGUAACAAUGAUGUUGUUAUAGACUAGUUUUAAAGCCAUCAGUUUGUCUCAUUUAAUUCAGCAGAUGGUGAACAUAUUUUGUAGACUUUUGAACAGCAUGUGCUGCCUUGUUAACAAUUAUGAAUUGACUUAGAUAUAUUGAUGCCACUCUAUACAAGUAAUAAUAUGCCAAUUAAACCACAUUCCACUUGACUUGACCAUCAGUUCUAGUUUCAUUUUCAGUCGUACAAACCAGUUAUUUUGAUACCCCCACUAUUUAUUUAGAUGUUGUGUCUGCCAAUCUUUUGUUGUUGUGAACAAGACAUUUUGCUAUUGUAGUGUUCAUGUGAUGGGUGUUGCUAACUUUUGUAUUUGGUUCAAUGCUGCCUUAUCCAUUGAAAGGCUGCUAGGCCUCAACUCUUUGUGUUGUAGGAAGUUAUGACCACUAUACACAAAUUAAUAAAAACUUGUUUGGACAAUACAA